ACACCGACAACUUCGAAAAUUUACAUUUGCCGCUUCAAACUCCCGCACUCACUCACUCACUCCCCCGCCAUUAUCAAUCACUCGCUUGCUUCAUCUCUCUCUCUCUCCCUCUCUCUUCCCUUCGCGCCCUCUCGGGUCUCGAUCUCUGAUCCUCGGACGAAAUCACUGAAUCGAGACAAAUCUUACAAUGGAGAGCGAUGACGAUUUCGAGUUCUUCUCUACCGCCGAAGCAGAGCCACCUUCCCCUCAAUCCCAUGUUAGAAAGCUCAAACGCCUGAGGCGGGCUGCUGAGGUGGUCACCCCGCAUCCUCUUAUUGAACCUGCGGAGAACGAUCUUCCCUCAGUGCACGCGCUUGAUUCCGCCGAUUCUGAACCAGUGCACGCCGUGGAGUCGAAUGGGGCGGAAGCUGAGGAGCCGAGUGAUGGAUUGCAGCACUCGGCAGCUAAGAAUGGAACCGAGGAUGACACCGCUGGUUUUGGAUCCGUUGCUAUGGAGCCUGAGAAGGAGGAUGAGCUCCAGCAGGUAUCGGAGUUCGAUUCGCUGGAGUCGAAUGGGGCAGAAGUUGAGGACCCGAGUGAUGGAUUGCAGCACUCGGGAGCUGAGAAUGGAACCGAGGAUGACACCACUGGUUUUGGCUCCGUUACUAUGGAGCCUGACAAGGAGAGUGAGCUUCAGCAAAUAUCGGAGUUCGAUUUGGUGGAUGAGGAAAUCAACGUGGGAGACGAGCCGAGAGAGGGAAGUGAGGAUCUGAUAACCCGAGCCCCGGAGGAUAACUUGCAGCAGGUUGGCCCAAGUGAAACAAAGAGGAAGAAGAAGAAGAAGAAGAAGAAGGAUAAGAAGAAGCGCACGGACAGUAGCACCGAUGAUGAUAAUGAUCAGAUCAAAGCGACUCAUGUCAUCAACAAAAGAAGAGAAGAGAAGGAAAGAAGAGAUCGAAUGCAACAGCUACGAGCAGAUUCUCAGAGAGUGUUGCGAGAGUCUAGGGAUGCAUCGUUUAAGCCGAUACCGAUGGUUCUGAAGCCAAUAUCUUCGGUCCUGGAGAAGAUUCGGCAAAGAAAGCUGGAGAUGUCAAAGAAGACUGUAUCUGUGAAAAGCACCAACUUAGCCAGUAGGUACUUCGAUUUCUCAGAAGAGGAAGAUGUGGACAUCGACUUAAAUGAUUCUGUUUUACCAAGAGGAGGGGAUGAAAUGGUUCCGGGAUCAAUAGUGGACGAGGCGGUGGCAGAGCCCACUGAGACAAGGACAAUUCCAGAUGUUGGGCCUAUCGGUGGACCAGAUGACAUUGCAGAUGAUUUGAGUCCUGAAAGUGCUGCCGGCCAGAAGACUUUGCACGAGGAAUUGAAGCCAGCCUUUCAAGCUCCUAUUGACGAUACUCAGGAAUCAUUUCCAGAUUGCGAAAACAAUGAGACCAAAGAGGAUGCUGGUACUGACUCACCCAGUAGUCCUGUGGAAGAAGUAUUUGCGCCAUCCGAACUUGCAAUGAAGUUAAAAUUUGAUUCUGCUCUGAUGUCUGAUGACGAAGAGGACAAUGACAAAGAGAACAUAGAUUUUCAUUUGGUCCGGGAUGUUGACCUCUCUCUGCCCAUUAAAGAUCCUGUUAAAGAUUUUCUUGAUGAAGAAGCAGAGGAAGAAGAUGACAGUGAUGGUGACCCAUUCAAUGGCCAAGAUGAUGAGGAUGAGGAUAUUGAAGAUGCCGAAGAGCUAAAUGAUAUGAUAGCCACCAAUUACACCGAGAAGCCUAGAGAUAAUGAGAUGCGCAAUGAGCUUCACCAGAAGUGGCUCGAGCAGCAAGACGCUGCUGGAAUGGAAAAUCUUCUGCAAAGAGUAAAAGGCGCUCCAAAACAGAGAGAAGCAACAUUGCUUGAGGAGGAGGAAGACCAGGAAGAGGAGGAAGACGAAGACAGUGAGGAAGAGUUUGGUGAAGACAAUGAAGAAGGUUUGCCACUAAAGACUCUUGCACAAAUGAACCUGAGAAAAGCAAAGCAAACAAUCUCAGAGAUGUUUACAGAAAAAGACGAUGCAUAUAUAUCAUCUGAAGAUGAAGAAUCUGAAAGGAUCCUAAUCAAACAAUCUCUAUCUGAGAAAAUUGAAGGGCAGGCAAAGUUAUUGUCACCAGCAGAGGAUGAGAGCUCUCGAGAAGUAUUCAGUCGCAUAAAGAAGUUGAAUAUCGUGCCUGAGAACAAAAGGAGAGCCAAACCAUCAGCCCUCCAUGAUUUGUCGUUGGCAAGUGGAAGAGUGAACAGCUUUCUGAAGCCAUCUUUUCUGGGGAAGGGUUCAAGUUCUCUGCCAUCAAAGAAUCAGAAAUCAAGCGCCUUUCGAUCCUUCAUCUUUGGUCGGGAUGACAGCAAUAGCAGGAGUACAGAAUCAGCUUCAGAAGAGUCACCUGACACGGUGCAGAGAGACAGUCGACCGAUAAGGACUCCUUCAGCCAAGUUCAGGAGCCCUCAAACGAAACCUUGCACCCACAGCGCUAAGGUUUCUGCUGAGGCUGACUCAACCACUUCACUAUAUGACAUUCUGCGGCGUCCACCUAUAAAGUCCGACAGUUGUGUCCGAGACGUGGUUGAUGUCAGGACAAAAUCGAUCUUUGCUGCGUUCAGGUUAGGAAAGAGGUCGAGAGAAGGGAGAGUUGUGAUGUAAAGUCACCGGGCUUCGCCUGUUUUGAAGGAUCACACCCUUGGAAGUUGGAAGUUUCUUACUUGAUCGUGCUAUAGUUCCCGUGUUAUUCAAGUUUAAUUUGUUCCAAUUAAGAAACAAAAGUAAUGUAAAUCUAAUCAAUUGACAAACUUUUGAUUCCUUAAAAAGAAUGGAACGUAUCAUACGAGGAACUGGGAAACCAUUGAAGUUUACAUUUCUUGUUCGUUAAUAACGAAAUGGAGAAACUGAGAAAGGUUGAUUUGUUCAA